GUCCCGCCCACCAGCGUGCCGCUCCAGUCACGUGUGGCGGUGCCUGCUGGUGCCUCUCCGAGCUGAGGCUGAACUAAUCCCAAAGUAACCAGCUAGCUGGGAGAUGAAGACGGAGACCGCAAACGGGGACAGCGCGAUCCACGGGGAUACAAAAGGAAACAGACAGAUGCAAAACAAAAAACUGCAUCCUAAAGCAGGGCAGCAUAAAGGACAGCGCUACAGAAGGGGAGAUGACUGGGUUUUUGUUUUACGGACACUUUGGAUUUUCAGAAAAACUCGUUCUCACGAACAGUGAUUGCAAGCAGAGGCAAAACGCAUUGCACCGACACUUGGAUGCAAACCCCGUCUUGGUUUAGGUGGGGAACUCAUAACACUGUUUUUGACACGCAUUGAGUGUCGGGUACGGGCGUGAUAGGAGCCGGGCGCACCUUAAAAGUACUCCGAAGAGAUCAGCGGUCUUCUGCAAUCAUGAGGAUCUUGUUGGCUAACUCACUUGCUGUGAUCUUUCUGUGCGCCUGUGCGUCCGUGUUUUACGUUUGGACCGGACUUGAAAGGGCGUUAGGAAGAUACAAGCGUGGUUUAGGGGAGCCGAGGUCGAACGGAUUCCGUGACCAGCUCGGGGACCUGUCUCGGAAAACUUUCCGAGCGCUGCUCGCUAUGCCGGGGGCGCAAAGACCGCACUUGGGUGACAGUGAUAAUACCAAUAAUUUCACUGGCAGGGGGUAUUUUGCUGGCACCCUCACAUAUGGGAAACAGCCCGGUUUGAAUGUAAGUAAUAGCGGAGCAAUGAAGGAGGUACCGAUCAGGCUUAGCGAUUUGGUAGAGGACGGGGUUUUCUGGAACGACAGAAUGGACGCGCUGUUGUCAGCAGGCUUCAGUGAAGCCCAUGCCCAGACGUGGAGACAGAGAGCCCGUGCAUCUCGGGUCGUUUCCCUGGAGCCGGGCUGUGGCCGGACCUCCAAUCGCCUGGCUCGUUUCUCCGACGGCACCAAAGCUUGUGUCAGGUACGGGAUCAACGCGGACCAAGUGCUGGGAGAGACUUUGUCUUACUACCUAGCCAGCUUGCUAGGAAUCGCGAACCUCCCGCCGCUUGCCCUGUCCCAGGUUAGCCCCAGCAGUGAGCAGUGGGCGACAGUGAAGGAGGACAUGGCAGACUUACAGUGGUCUGAUAAAGCUGUCGUGUCCCUCACCGAAUGGGUAGCCAAUUUAACAGGGGUUGUCACCCCAGCGCCCCUUAGACAAGAGGGCAGAGGUCUUAACCCCUUGCGGGCGGAUCUGGAUAAUAGGACUUUGGGAGAGCUACAGGAGCUGGUGCAAUGGACCGAUCUAAUUGUAUUUGACUAUCUUACGGCCAACUUCGACAGGCUGGUCAGCAAUCUCUUCAGUCUCCAGUGGGACUCGCGGGUGAUGGAGAGAGACACAAACAACUUGUUGAAGUCCCCAGCGGGCGACUUGGUUUUCGUAGACAACGAGGCCGGGCUGGUGCACGGCUACAGGGUGCUGCACAUGUGGGAGCAGUACCACAAAACGCUGCUUUCUUCGGUGUGUCUUUUCAGGAAGAGAACUGCGAGUCGAAUCAUAGAGAUGCACCAGAAGAGAGACGCGCCGAGUCGGCUCCUGGGUCUUUAUCAAGAUAGCGAAUCUCUUGCUCCGGUGCUGGGGUUUCUUUCUGAUGAACAGGCUGGAGUUUUGCAAGAAAGGAUAGACUAUAUAUAUAAACACAUACUGAACUGCAAGCGCACGUACAGUCAGUUAUAAUGAAGCUGAUGUAUUUCCUUCCAUAGAAUGAAGAAGACCUGGAAGGUUUUUUUCCUCACCUGUUACAGAAGUCUCUCUGUUGUUACAUUUUUAGAGAGACAGUAUUAACAAACUAAUGAGCUUCAUGUUUCUAAUUUAUUUGACUGUUUACAUCGCUCAAUGACCUACCUCGGUGAAAAAGAAAAUGAUUGUUUUCUGCUUUCGAUGUUUUUUUUUUAAAUACCUAUGGAAAUUGCUACUGUAAGUAUUUUCAUGCGAGGGUCAUCAAGCUUUGUAUUAAUAGAAGCCUUAAAGAAGUGUUCCAAAUAUGAUAAGUAUUUUUUUCUUCCGUAAUUUAUUGUAGAGGAUUGUUCAGACUUGCAAAGAGAGCCACUGCCUCAGGCGGUCAAGUCCACAGUAAGCAGUUACAGUACAAUGAAUGCGCUUGUUUGGUGAGAACAAAGCGCCUUCUGAAUUAACGUGGAGUCAACAGUAGAUUUAUUAUGCUGUAUAUAUGGGGAAACGGUUUCUUUGGUGGGAGCAGCAUUGCAUUAUAAUCUCAUGUGGGAGACAAGGAGGGAAUCGGCGAGGGCUGCAAGGUACAGCCACACGCGUCACGGAGCAGAUGUUCAGAAUUAGUGCGAUUCUCUCCGUUGACGAGUAGACGUGCUUAAGAUUUGACUACUCUUAAAACGAACAUCAGUUUAAAAAAGAAACGUACAUAAUGCGUUUUGCUUUAGCCUUAAUUUAUAUAUAACGUAAUGUAGACGAGUUCUGUACUGUGUACACAGUUUUAUGUUUUUGAUUUAGGAAAUUGAGGCUUAAAUUAUGCACAUAUUAUCAACGUCUUAACAUUCCAUUCCAUUCCAUGAGAAAAGCAAAGCACAACUAGUUUGUGUUAAAGAAAAGGGUAAACAUGAUACUGAAUGGGGACAUCAAGGUGAGAUAAAGUAAAAUCAUGGUAAGAUCAUGUGAAUUAUAAAAACUUACUGCACAUUCAUAAUGGUAAGAGUUCAUCUGAGGUUUCAGUGCAAAAUGUAGACAGUGUUUUCUGAUUUGUCUCAUUAAACUUGCAGACAUGACAUCAUAGUAGGAUUUUGUAGGGAGACUUUCAUUUUUUGAAGUAUUUUUGGGGUUUUGGAAUUUUGACGUUUCAACAUUUCAUUGAACAGCUGAAGACAGAAGAGAUACAACUACCAUUUUCCACUGCAACUGGUCCAGCUAUAGACCCUGAAACUGUACAAGAAAAAAUAUUUUGUACUGCACCACAGUUUAGUCUCCAGCCAUCCAAAUAUAAACAAAGAAUUUCUGUUACGUCCAGCUAGCUCAGUAUUGUAAUCAUAGACCAGUUGCUUUGUACACAGCUGCUAUAACCCUUGCAAAGAAUCCACUGAUUAUGAACCACUCAGUCUAUAUUCAUAUCAGAUUGUUAUUCAGCACUGCCUGCUUUGGUGUUUCAGCUACCAAUUCUUGAAUUAUUACAGUAAUUUUUCACUCUGAGUGGAUGCACACCAUAAAUCAAGAAAGCUGAGGGUCACAGAUAUUGUUCACAGGGUGAUUUUUUUCCACAUACAGAAAUAUAUUUCUAGUACGUUUCAAGCAGCAACCACAGGUUCAACAAAGUAGAAUGCACAUCAAGAAAUAAAAGAGGGAUCAACUAUGAUUUUAUAGUUUCUGUUGGUAUGGUCCAACUGGAAAUGUGUGAAAGUAGCACUCCUUCGCUGUUGAGCAGGUUGUUGCUUAUACAUUCAGAGCCUCAUGAUUCUUAAUGUCGGCUUUCCUCCAUUUCUAUUGCUACAUACAUGUCUGUCUAUUUUAGACAAUAGAUGCCUGUCUGAGAAGUACUUAGUUUUCAACUCCAGUGUUUUGAUUUGUGUCUGAGCCAAAGAAAUAACGUUGGCGGGCUCAGACAGUUUUUUUUCAAUUUGUAAGCAUCUUGUUAUUACAAAUGCCCAGGCGACGCGGUCUAAUUGCCUGCCAAAAGGAGGGUUGCAUUGGAACCUCUAUUAAGGCUUCUGGGCUGAUCAAUAAGGACUGAGUGCUGUGAAAGCAGAAGCAGGCCAUUUCCAGUGCACAGCAGGUGCUACCACUACUCCUUUGGGUAUUGCAGUGGAAGACAUGUCUGCUAAUGUCACGUACUACAUGUGGUUCCUGAUGUGUCCUUUACUCUGGAGAGCUGGGGCUCAAUACCCUGAACUGUGUUGUUAACCAUUUGUCCCUUUCUGAAUCUGUCCCAUCCAAUUAUUGUUGGAAAAUAAACGUUUUUCCCUUUUUCUUG